AUGUAAGAAUUAAGUUAAAAUAAAUUAGAUGUAAAAAAAUUUGAUUUAAAAUAAGAAGAAAAGGUACCUGAACCAAGUGAAAAAGAUUUACAGAAAAUUUUCUAAACUUCAUUUAGUUUAUCAGUUUCAGAAUAAUAAAAAAAAGUUAAAUAAUAAUUAGAAAUAGCUAUUAUGCCACAUUUAUAAUAAAAAAAAGUAGAAAAAUGGGAUAAUUGUGCAGAAAAAAAUAAAAAUAAGUUAAAUGAUUUAGUAGAACUUGAAGGUUCUGAUAUUGAUGAAGAAUAAGAUGACGAUGAUGAUUUAGAUGUUUGA